AUAAAAAUCUAUUAGAAAAAUAAAAUUGUCAAAGCAGUCCUUAUACGUGGGUUAGAGCCUCCCCGUCCCAUGUGCUCACCGUUUUAUUCCCAUUCCAUCCAGCGAGCUUGAUUGUUGCUUUGCCUUUGCGCUUUGCUUGUUUACUCCUACUACAAUAGCCUCUCGCCGCCGCUGGCUCUGCUACCCGCGUUCUUCGCUGCAUCUGGUUCUUCUCGGACUCCGCCGCUCCCCCCGCAGACGCAAGAAACUGCUGGCCAUGGAGCCCCCAUCCGCCCAGGCGAUGUCCGCGACUGACGACUUCCAGGACAAGGCCGUCGACGAGUGUUGCUCUUGCUGCUACGAUUGCUGCUCCAGCAUCCUGGACUUCCUGUGCUGCUCGUCCUGAUCGAUCGAUGCCUGCCCUUUCGACGGCCCCGUGGAAUUUCUCAGGGAACCGGAGGCCUUACCGUGGCCCACUGAUCUUGGAUUCUAGAUGCCGUGGGAUUCGUGUGUUCUUUAGGUCCUUCGGUGACGAUGUUUGUAAUCCGGAUUCGAAUCAUCGGUAACAGUAAAGGAAACUUGAUAGACUGCUGAACAGCCGAGUUAUCUUCAACCCUGCGGUGUGUUUCCUCUGAUAAAGCUUUUCUGCGCGUUUGCAGAUCGAU